GACAGUGAGGCUAGGAACACAAGCUUUCCAUGGGAAAUGGCCAAGGAAUACACGGAGCGGAGUUCAGUUGUGCUCAGCGUUCGUUUCGAAAAUGUUUUCACAAGGGCGAGGAGCAAAGAGGCCAAAAAUGUCUUCUCCUUGUGCGCGACCGCACGGACGAAGCGCAAGGAAGUCAGCCAACAAGGCGCGGCCAUCCUCGGGCACAAUUUCAGGCGCGGAUAUACUGCUGUGGGCGGGUAUGUGUAUUACCCGAACAUGUUCAGGAAGUCUUCUUGCUGUAUUCACAGGCAGCUGGGCCGGUGGUGCAAAGGCCUCUGCAAAUCCGGCGGUAAGCCAACCAACGCGGACUGCUGGGCUUACUCUUUCCGCUACCAUCUCUCCGGAGGACAUGGAGAGCAUCGCAAGCAGAUUGUGAUGCUCCAGGUGGUAGAGCCAGAUGGCAUCCUUGGACCAGGUCAAGAGGAAGAGGUGGCUAUGGCAGAGGACUUGCAGGUGCCCAUCUACAGGAUCAUGGCUUUGCGUGAUGAAUCGGCUUGUUACGAGAACGAGAACGGCAACGAUGAAAACUUCCUGAACGACCUUUGGUACAUCUGCUGGCGGGCUGAGCCUUCCGAUAGGGGACCUCUUCCGCCAAGGCCGCCUUCACCUACUACGGGUCCUCUAGCACGCUG